AUGUCUUUAGACGAGUUGGAGAGUGAGGUGCAGCGCUGCUCCCUCCAGGCGGGUGCGCAGACUGCACAAGAGGCCGCCGAGCGCCUCGCGCAUGCGCAUCAUGCGGCCGUGGUGGAGCUGUUGGGUCUGCUUGGGGCGCAGGCCAGCGCAGAGCCCUCAACCUUGGUGUGUCAAGGUCUGGGCGGGCGUCUCAUGCAUGCGGCUGAAGCGCGAAGCAGCGCCGGCAACGGCACAGCGGUGCCCAGCAGGGAGCAACCCCACCAGCAGCAAGACGGGAGGCAGCAGCAGCAGCAGCGGGAGGAGGAGCAGCAGCAGCAACAGCAGCAACAGCCGCAGCAGCAGCAGCAGCAGCAGCAGCAGCCGCAGCAGCCGCAGCAGCAGCAGCAGCAGCAGCAGCAACAGCAACAGCAGAGGGAGCCGCCCGGCCUGCGGCAGCCGCUGCUGGGCUGGUCGCCUGCCGCGGCGGUGCGGGCGGCCGCGUCAGCUGACCUGUCACACGAAGGGCUCAUUGCGAAGCUGCGGACUCUCCUGCAAGAAAGCCCUAGCCUGCUGCCCCUCGCGGAGCGAGGGGCCUGGGCAGCGGCGGCGGCGUCGGCGGCCGUGGGGCGGCUGGGCGCGCUGCGUUCCGAGUUCGCCGCUCACCUCGUCCUGUUGUCGCUGCGGGACGGCGGCGCGCUGCCCCGCCUGUUCGCCACGCCCCUCUCCGGCCCCAGCACGGCGGCGACGGCGCCGCCGCCGAGCGACGCGCAUUGGAAGGCGGCGGCGAGGCGGCUCGCGUUCGAUCCCUAUCAGCUGGCGGUCGCCCUCGCCGCCGUGGAUGCCUGGGGCGAGCGGAUCGCGCGCAUCCACGCAGACCGCUCGCGCCUGAUGGCCGAGGCCGCCGCGGCGGCCGCGGCCGCGGGCGGCGCAUCAGACCCGGCGCGGCGGGCGCAGCACGUUGCGGCGCUGGACUCGAACCUGCAGGAGGGUAUCUGGAACUUUCUCAUCACGUGGCUGGUCAUCUUCUGCAGCAUCGCGAGGCCGGAGCAGUUUUCGGCGUACAUGCUUGCGUGCGCGCCCUGGGUGCCGUCGAUGCCGUGCGUGCAGGCCGGGCUGCGGGAGCUGACGGUCGAUGCGGCGGCGGCGGCGGCGGCGGCGGCGGCGGCCGCGCGGUAG